AUGCUGCAAGGGGCUGCUUGUGCCCAUGCCAUCUUCUCCAAACUUCUCCACAACCUCAGGUAAGGUGUAAGCAAGCUCCUCACCAUCGCCCCAAGCCCCAUGGAUGCUGUGCAUGCCAGGCUGCAGCCAUCAGCCGCUGCCUCACUGGCGAUCCCGUUGGAGAGCAGGGGUCUUCUCCGCUCCCCCAGGCGGAGCAGGACUGAGAAGCACCUGCUGACUUCCUUGUGGGACGGCCACAGCCUGAAGAUUGGGAUGGUCGGUGGGGGCCACCUUGGGAAGCAGCUGACACAAGCGCUCCUGAUGCUGAGCUGUGCUCUGCACCCCAGCACCCACAUUUCCACCAGGCGCCCCAAGAGCCUGGCAGACCUGCAGAAGCAGGGCCUCGUGUGCUUUUAUGGCAACGCUCAGCUGGUGACCUGGGCAGACAUUGCAUUCCUCUGCUGCCUCCCGUCGCAUGUGCUGUCCAUCUGCUCCGUUUUUCCCUGCAUCCAGAAACCCUGCGCUCUGUACAGCCUCGUCACCGCCGUUCCCCUGCUCAGGCACCACCGGCCAUGGGCACCAGCUCUGCUGCGGCGCAUCCUGGCGAACAGCUGCAUUCGGUGGUCCCCUGCCAGCACGGUUCGGGGCUGGGGCUGGGCCGGUGAGCAGAAAACUUCCUGCCUGCUGUUUCUGUGCAAGAGUUUUGUCAGCAAAGCUUUUGCCUCUUCAGCGACUCAAGAGAAAACCUUCCCCUGCUUUGACCUGACAGCUGCACAACUGAGAGAGUCUCCCUUUAGCCAGCUGCCAGAAAAGACUCCUUCCAACAUUUUCUCAGAAAUUCCAAAGGAAACUGCCGACUAUGAUUCUAAAUCCUCGUAA